AGCGUCCCGUUAGCGGGCAGAUUUCCUGGCUGCAAACGGUGGACCCCUCACCUCGCAUUAUUUUCCCUCUGGGAGAGAGGGUGAAAUACGACGGGGUCUCUUUAAGAGCCGUGUUCCAGCAGGCGCCAGGCAGGCGCGACGCGGGAAGCAGGCAGCGUGCGGAGGAGGUUGGCCUGCCCGCGGCUGACUCGCAGGGAAGGAGGCCCGGGCUGCCAGACCCGCCCGGCCGGCCAUGCUGCUGCGACCGCUGCGGAGCUGGGCCGCCCGGGCGCUGCGCCGCGAGGGGCCCGGGAGCCUCCCCUCGGGUCCGGGCUCGCGGGGGGCGCAGCGCCGGGCCUGGCCUCGGGAUAAAGAGAGGGAAAACGAAAAAAAAUCAGUGAUCUGUGUUGAGGGCAAUAUUGCAAGCGGGAAGACGACGUGCCUGGACUUCUUCUCCAACACAGCAGACAUUGAGGUAUUCCCAGAGCCUGUGUCCAAGUGGAGAAAUGUCCGUGGCCAUAAUCCUCUGGGUCUCAUGUACCGUGAUGCCUCUCGAUGGGGCCUCACGCUACAAACAUACGUGCAGCUCACCAUGCUGGACCAGCACACUCGUCCUCAGACAUUACCUGUACGGUUGAUGGAGCGGUCGAUUCACAGCGCAAGAUACAUUUUUGUAGAAAACCUGUAUAGAAGCGGGAAGUUGCCUGAAGUGGACUAUGUGGUUCUGUCGGAGUGGUUUGACUGGAUCGUGAGGAACAUCGAUGUGUCCGUUGAUUUGAUAGUUUAUCUCCGGACCGCUCCUGAGACCUGUUACCAGAGGUUAAAGAUGAGAUGCAGGGAAGAGGAGAAGGUCAUCCCACUGGAGUACCUGGAUGCUAUUCACCACCUCUAUGAGGAGUGGCUCAUCAAAGGAGGCCUUUUCCCUGUGAUGGCCCCUGUUCUGGUGAUUGAGGCUGACCACGACAUGCAGAAAAUGUUAGAACUUCUUGAACAAAACCGGGACCGAAUAUUAACUCCAGAGAGUCGGAAGCAUGGUCCAUAGGACAGGAAAGAUCAUGCCAGAAAAAUGCCCGUUGCUGCCAACUUAGCUAUUAGAAGCAAUUUAGAAAAAUCGACUCUCAGGAGGGCUUUAUAUCUGGCCAGACUUGUUUUCCUAAUGGUCUUCUCUCCUUUGCCAGUGUCUUUAUCCUGGGUUUCUGGCACUUGUGGGUAAAUGACAAAUGAGACCAAUGGGUUUGUUGUGCCCUUUGGUGUUCGCAGCCAAGCAUUCUCCCCGGUGCCCCUCCUUGUGGUUUCCCACUGCUGGAUCCCUCUAAUUAAGGGAAGAGCCACCUGACAUUAUGCUGGGCUCAUAGUCUCUAACCCUUCAGACCACCCAGGAGGGUGAGGUAGUGGUCUUACAUCCCAAGGGAGGAAGUUGAAGCUCAGAGAGGCUGAGGGACUCCCCAGGGUCACACAGCCAGUAACUGUAGUCAGCACCAGAGUUCUGGCGACUCCAAAACAUUCUCUUGCCCCAGGCUGCCUCAGCCUGAGAGCCCUGCCUUCCCCUGCUGGAGACCCUCACUCUGUGUGGGGAGAGCCAGCAGUACGUGGAGCCACUAUCAUCAUUUUCUCCUUA